AUGCGUCUAGUUAUUCGUCCUUUGUCCACAUUAUGUCGAUCGCGACGACGAUUACCAUUUUUACUUACAAUUGGUGCGUUAUUUAGUUUAGCUUUCAUUUUGUUCAAUGUCAAUAAUCAUCGACAGCAGAAGCCAAUUAAAGAUCCGGGAUAUCUCGAUGUGAGAAAAACAAAAGCGAAGACGGAACCAGCAGUAACGAUACCAAUGUUAAUUCAAAAGAUUCUUCCUGGAAACAAACAAGGCAGAUGGCCGAUAGACGAACAAGGUCGUUCAUUGAAAACACACUUUUUAGUUCUUGAUUGGAACGGAUUUUUCGGCUCAGGUGCAAACGAAGGUGAAAAAGUCGAAUGUCCAUCAUCAGGCACAACAUUCACUUGGACUCGGCAACAAAAUCGUGUUGACGAUAUUGAUUUCAUUAUCUCUCAUGAUGGUCAAGCCGGCAUGGGUAUACCAUUUGAUCGUUUACAAAUAAAUAACGAACGGCAACAAUACACCAUGGCGUACGUUAUGGAGAGUGAAGUACAUUCUUCCACAGGUUCUGCUUGGGCUAAAUACAACUUUAUCAUGACUUAUAAUCUAAAUGAUAGUUAUCCUGAACCUGCAACUUAUUUUGAUAUGAAUAUACAUCUAGUCGAUCUCUUGUCGCCAGUAAGUGUGCCUUUCGAAGAUAAAGAUAAAGACGCGUACGCUGUUUGGAUUAUUUCAAAUUGUAAUGCUCAUAAUGGUCGACAAGAUUUUGUUCAAGCAUUAAUGAAAGAAAUCAAAAUUCAUUCAUAUGGUGGAUGUUUAAAUAACCGACAAGGUUAUGGUGCUCGAAUGGUUGAUAAUGCAAAUGCUUAUAAGAAAUAUAAGUUUGUUAUUGCAAUUGAAAAUUCGAAUUGUGCUGAUUACGUCACAGAGAAACUAGUUAAAGCAGUCGAAUCUGGCUCGAUACCGAUUGUUGCUGGUUAUAACGGUCGACCAGAUUAUCACCGAUACAUGCCUGAUCAUUCGUACAUAAAUAUUUUUAAUUAUUCGUCAAUUAAAGAGCUUGCGGAGGAAAUCAAACGUAUUGGAAACGAUAAGAAAUUGUAUGAAUCUUAUUUAUGGUAUAAAAAACACAAUAAGAACAUUGCUGAAUUGAAGAAAAUGUCAUUGGACGACAAAUUAAAGCAAUUUGCUGAUGUGGUGGGUGCAAAUAUAACGAUGAUGACAGAAGGAAUUGCUGGAAAAGAAAGAAGUGAAAAUAAGAUUUGUAAAUUAAUUCGUUUUGUCCGUCAGACACCUUGGAAGGAAAUUGCAGAACAUAAAAAGAUGCCUCGAGCCGAUCCGGGUGUCGCUUGUCUACCUAGUAGACACAUCUUAGCUCAUUUUGAUUCGCAUGGAGCCCAUAAGAAUUGA